AUGGCGUCGAAGAAAAUGAAUGGACUCGAUCAAAAAGAAACAAAAAAACGGGAAAAAAAAAAAAGAAUUAAAAUGGAAAACGAAAACAACGUAACAUGCGAAAACUUACCAGCAUUUCUCUCUUCAUUCGUGGACACUUUCGUUGAUUUCACAGUAACCGACGGUCUAUUUCUCCCGAACCCACUUCCCCAAAAUGCCCUUGAAAUGCCUCCACCAAUGGCUGCCCACUACCCGUCUCCAGAUCGUCUGGUUGCCAUCGGUGAUCUCCACGGGGACCUGGAAAAAUCAAGGCGGGCUUUCAGAUUGGCUGGCCUGAUCGAUGGCGCUGAUCGCUGGACAGGUGGGUCAACAACGGUAGUUCAAGUGGGGGAUGUUCUAGAUAGAGGUGGUGAAGAGAUAAAGAUUCUUUAUCUUUUGGAGAAGCUGAAGAGGGAAGCUGAGAAAAAUGGAGGUAAAGUUUUGACCUUGAAUGGAAAUCAUGAGAUUAUGAAUGUUGAACUUGACUUUAGGUAUGCGACUAAAACGGGUUUGAAAGAAUUUGAGAAUUGGGGGUUUUGGUAUGGUGCUGGUAACAAAAUGAAGUCUUUGUGUGUUGGUUUGAAGAAGCCUAGGGAUCUGUUUGAUGGCGUGCCGUUAGUUUUUAAGGGUGUGGAUGAAAAGUAUUGGAAUGGAAUCAGGUGUAGGAUAGCAGCGUUGAGACCGAGUGGACCGAUUGCUGGGCGGUUUCUGAGCAAGAAUGUGACGGUUUUGGUGGUCGGGGAGUCCGUUUUCGUGCAUGGCGGAUUGUUGAAGGAGCAUGUGGAGUACGGGCUACAAAAGAUUAAUGAAGAAGUAAGGGAUUGGAUCAAUGGGCUGAGUGGGAGGCAUGCUCCGGGGUAUUGUACAGGCAGGGAUGCUGUGGUGUGGUUACGGAAGUUUUCGGAUGAUUCUGUGAAGUGUGACUGUUCCUUGCUUGAACAUGUUCUCGCAACAAUUCCUGGUGCGAAGAGGAUGAUUAUGGGGCAUACAAUUCAGGAUUUUGGGAUUAAUGAUGUUUGUGAUGGUCGAGCGAUAAGGAUUGACGUGGGCAUGUCCAAGGGAUGUGGUAAUGGGUUGCCUGAAGUUUUGGAGAUUUUGGGGGAUAAGGAAUUGCAGGUGUUACCUUUGAAUCCAUUGUAUCAAAACAAGAACAAAAUUUACAUGGAUGCUUACAGUAGCAGGGGUCUUGCUUUGCCGAAACCAGGACAAGGACUGACGGAAGUGGAGGUUAAGGUUUAAGUAACCGUUAUGCACUUUCUUGAACAUAAUUGUUUUCUAUUUGUACCCUGGUAAGAACUAGUUUUGUAUGUGCAAUCUGCUCUAGAAAUCUAAAACAUUGAUGUAGGUUUUUUAAUCAAAACAAAGAUGAAAGAUGCUUGAACACAUUUUUGAGUAUUGACUUCUUGAAAGGGAUUCCUGUUGUUGUAGUUUCAUUAGGUCUUCUUUAUUGCCUGUCAAAGGAAUAUGUAUAGUCUAUCCUGCUAAGAUUCCAAUAAUUUUACAAUGACAAUGAUAUUAAUAAUAAGAAUGCAAAGAUAACUCAUUGCGAAGUUCUCUGCA